AGAUUGAAAAAAAUCCAGAUGUGCUUAUUUGGCAGUCCUGAGAAAGACGCACACAGACACACAAAGAACACAGCCGAAAACUCUCAGAAGGGCCGGUAUAGAGACGCAAUGGGAUAUCUGCUAGUAAUACAUCCUCAUCUCAUCUUCUCCAGCUGCUUAUUCCUGCGACAUGCCCAGCCUUGCAGAUAAUCAGCACCUUUGUGGGAGAUUCGGUAGCUGUCACUGGCUGCUCAGGGGGCUUUCUACAGAGGAUUUCAUGCUUUCUGCCACAUCACUGACAGGACGGACAUUUGCUUCACACAGACCCAGGAGAACACAGUUGUGCUACCUGGAGAUUUGCAAGUUGGCCAUGAUACUUGAGUCAGAUCCGCAAGGGAAUGUGACAGAUCAGUUGUCGGAUUGUCAAGUGGAAAUAUGUAAUCAGGAAAAUUGAUCUAAAAUGGACAUUUGUGCCAAAGGAAAACUUUCAAAUUUUUAUUUUUCUUCUUCUUUUUAUUUUUUUUAAAAAGUUUAAAUAAUUUCAGGUUUCCAAAACCUGAAAUAUUAAAUGUGCUCAUAUAUUUCCCUUUAUAACCAGUUUCUAACGACACAAAGCAAUAUACAGAUGUACAAGUUUAUAUAUUACAGUAUGGUCAUACAAGUGGAGUCACAUGGGGAUACAUAUUCCCGAGACUGAUAUCUGGUAUUUCCCAUAACAGCUGCAGGACGCGGUCACUCUGGACGUCUGAAUGCUUUAUCGAUCUGCUAGGAGAGGGCAUCCAAAAUUCCAUGCCACCACAAAGAGUUUGUUUCAGAAAAGUGACCACUUCAUAGCUCGUUGUCAUGGUUCUGGCUGCACAAAUGGAUUUCUUUGAAGGUCGUCAUAACUUAAGAAUACCUCUACAUGGGUAAAAUGGACUGACAACAUGCUGCUUCCUCACAUGAGAACGUAAUACUAGAAAACGCUAAGGUAACAAUGAGAGUUCGGCUUAAGGCGGAUAUUCUGUGCACUCUGUUCCUGGUGAUUGUUCUGUGUACAUUACUCUACACUUUAAUGAGACCAACACAAAGACUAUUCCCUGUUAAACUCAACAAGUCCAAAUCCCUACCUACAACUGCAAAGCCCAAAACAUUCUUUGAGUCUGAGGGUAAGGCAGGUAGAGCAAAACUCCUCUCUGAUGUAUACAAUGCACGGGAUGGCAGCGAGGAGGUCAAGCCCACCACUCCAGCUUUGGUGACACAACCCCCCUUUGACUUCCAACAAUAUCUUAGGAGUAAAGAUCAUCGUAACUUCAGCCUGCUGAUUAACCAGCCAAACAAGUGUACGAAGCCCUCAGGAGAUACGUUCCUGCUGAUUGCUGUGAAGUCCAUUGUGGAAGACUUUGACCGACGAGAAAGUGUCCGCAAGACUUGGGGCAGAGAAGGAAUUAUCAAUGGGGCGAGAGUGCGGAGAAUAUUCCUUUUGGGUACUCCCAGGAAUAAGACUGCAGUGUCUAUGUGGGAGUCGCUCAUGCAACAUGAAAGUCAUUACUACAAAGAUAUUUUACUGUGGGAUUUCCUUGAUACUUUCUUCAACCUAACCCUGAAGGAGAUCCACUUCCUCAGCUGGGCAGAAGACUUCUGCAGCAACGUUAAAUUUAUAUUCAAGGGCGACGCGGACGUUUUUGUCAAUGUAGAGAAUCUGAUCCAUUUCUUACAGACUCAGGAUUCCUCUGGAGACUUGUUUGUUGGAGAUAUAAUAAACCAUGCCAAACCAAUACGAUCAAAGAAAAGCAAAUACUACAUCCCAGAGACUAUGUAUGGGUUAGGCAUUUACCCAGCAUAUGCAGGUGGGGGUGGGUUCCUUAUGUCAGGGGUCACCAUGAGAAAACUGUCCCAAUCCUGCAAGGAGGUGGAACUCUUCCCAAUAGAUGAUGUGUUCUUAGGCAUGUGCUUGCAAAGAAUCAAUCUCACACCAGUGCUUCAUGAAGGGUUUAAAACAUUUGGUAUUACAAAGCCCUCAGCUGCUCCCCAUCUGGAGACAUUUGAUCCCUGCUUCUACCGGGACUUGAUGGUGGUGCACAGCCUGAAGGCAGCAGAGAUCUGGCUAAUGUGGAGUCUCCUGCACAGUCAACAACCACCAUGUUCCCAAAAACAGCGGAUAAAGAAACCCUUCCACUGGAAAAGGAAAAAGACAAAACAGACGGGGAAGGCUGUCACAAACUAAAGAAGGGAUACAAGACUACUGUGAACCACCUUGCACUAUUGCAGUGACUAAUAGACACAUCUAAUAUAAGAUGCAAGCUUCAAGGCACGUCUACAAGGACAACUUAGUCCAACACUAAAAGUCACUUUAAUGCAUCGCAGAAUGUGGCACUUCUCUAAGCGUCUCAUAACUUGCCUUAUCUUUUGCAGCUGCUACAACGUCAUUUAUGUAGCACUGACCUUAAAACAGUUAGUUGCCGCUAUGCCCCCACUGUAAGUUGUACUCGUCACCACUGUUAUUUGCACACUUUUCAACCACUUUAAUAGGAGCGGCAACAUUUAUUGGACUUGGUAAAAUAAUAACUGCUGAGUCAUAAAUGUCGGGUUACUAGGAAAUCGUUCCACCUCCAGAGGCACAAGGCACAACUUGGGUGUCGCAAACUCAGUGAACAGCUGUCUCCAGUGUGUUCAGUAGACAGGUGCAAUUGAAAUAUAUUUCAGAGAUUUUUGUGAUAAGAUCUGUUAUAAUUUCUUACUGGCUUAUAAUGGAGCAUUCUAAUUUACAGUGGCGCUAUAGAACAUCAGAAUAUCUCCAGUACAGGGAUAGGUCCAUGGAUGAGUAUCGGAGGAAGCCUCACCUGAGGGGCAAAACCAGCUGACCUGCUGCCCACUCAUAUAUGUGUGUCUCUUCUAGGGGGAUCAGAACGCGAUACCACCGGAUGGAAUCUCGGCGGUCGGAAUACAGACACCGGGAUCCCGACCGGCACAAUCCCGACAGGGGGACGAGCGCAACGCAGCCCCUUGCGGGCUCGCUGCGCUCGCCACGCUGCAGGCACGGUGCCUCGCUACGCUCGGCACACUAAUUUGUUCUCACUCUAUGGGUGUCGUGGACACCCACAGAGGGAGAAUAUGUCGGGAUAGUGCCGGUCGGGAUCACAGUGUCGGUAUUGACCACAUCCCCUUCUAAGACCAUAGAAGAUGCUUGUGGUUUUAAAAAUGUCUCCUUGCAGUAUUUGGAGCAUAGGAAUGUGAUUGACCUGCUUGCCACAUCUCUGUAUAAUGGAAUCUAUUUUAUGCUGUUUACAGCAUUGAAUAUAAUGUAUUCAAUAGAGAGAGGGCACUUGCCAUCCGUUGAUGAAAAAUCUUGUGUAACAAAAUACAUCCUUAGGUGUGUAAGUGUAUUACAGAUGCUAAUGUUAGAAAUUCACUGAUCUUUUCUUAUUUGUAGAACUAGUCAUAAGAAUUAAAAUUUAACCCGAAUCAGAAAUUAACCUCCAACCCCCCCCCACCCCCUCCCCCCCCCCCCCCCCCCCCCACCCACCCAAAAAAAAAAGAGAGUGCUGGCAACUAUGUAACCCAGGGAAACAGGAGUAUUAAAAGCACCAUUGUAUAAUGUAUAUGUCUAUUAUAUAACCCACAUGGAUGCCCUUCUACCACAAGUGCAGGGCGAGCUGCCCCCUCACAACUUUCACUGUCUACAUGAUGCCCUCCCCUCCUUCCCCAGAGCUUGAAGUGACAAUAGGGGGAGAUAGGAGGAACAGGAUGAGAAAUAGUGUGAAGGGAACACAGUGAGAUAGAGAUGGGAGGAAGGGGGAGAUGGGAAGUAGAGGGGGAGAGAGA